GUUACUUUGUAAACAGACAUGAAAUUAUUUGGAUUAUCCAAACACUGUACUUUCGUUUUCAACUCUAAACAGCUAGAGUGUAAUUUUCGUUUUCUUCCGCACGUAUUAAGAAAAAGUGUCAUACACAAACCCGUAGUUAAUCAGUCGUUGAACUUGAGUACAAGUUGCACUGUUUCAGCUGGGAGAAAGAGCAGGAAUACUUCAAGUAGAUCAAGGUUGAAGAUGGCAACAGCUAACUUGAAAGAGCAAUAUUUUGACUAUUUUCUAGUUCUUGACUUCGAAGCAACAUGUAAGGAAAAUGAACAGAUCCAUCCACAGGAAAUAAUAGAGUUUCCAGUUUUAAAGAUAAACUCAAAGACUCUGGAAACAGAAACAACCUUUCAUCAGUAUGUUCAGCCAAGGGUUCAUAAAGAGCUCACACCAUUCUGUACCAAGUUGACUGGAAUAAUUCAAGACAUGGUAGAUGGUCAGCCGCAUAUUGAAGAUGUACUAAAGAGUUUUGAUAAAUGGAUGGCUGACAAUAAGUUAUUAGAUGAAAAUGUGAAAUCAGUAUUUGUUACUUGCGGUGACUGGGAUCUCAACAAAAUGUUACCGAAGCAGGCAGAGCAUUUCAAGCUAGAAAUACCAGGUUACUUCGAUCAGUGGUUGAACAUUAAAAAGGCAUAUGCUGAGGUGACAUCUACCUAUCCAAAAGGGAUGAUGCCCAUGUUAGAAGGGUUGAACAUAACACACCAGGGCAGGCAUCACAGUGGGAUAGAUGAUUGCAAGAACAUUGGGAAUAUUCUGGUAGAAUUGUUGAAACGUGGAUACGUUGCCAAGGUAACCGGAUCUAGAUGACAACAAAAUCAUAAACUUUGAACAGAUUUGAAGUGUUCUAUUAGGAACUUUGAAAUUUUGAACAGUUAUCAACUCAUAUACACUGCUAAUACAGUGUAGUUAAUAUUCUUUAUGGAUGUAUAUUAUGUUGCUUAAGAAAUCAUGUAUCACAAAUUUAAUUACAUGUAAUUCAUUAGUUUAAAUGUGUAUGGGCAUAGCCUGAAUGAUAUACAUUUGAAAGACAUGGCAAUGAUUUUAUUAAUUGAAUAAGUAACUGCCAGGGAUUGAUUGUUUUGAUUUUAACAUGCCAUACCCCAAAACCUAACGAGGUGUUUAUGUAAGUUACGCAGUUUUCAUUAAUAAAUUGCUGAUAAAGAUGUUGGGUUAAUGUUUUGAAGAGCCAAUUAACUAUGAUGUACAAACAAUGAUUUUAUGGCAUGGCAACAUUACACUUUUAUUAUUGGACAGAAAUUAGAAUAAGUUUUUCGCCAUUUGUCAGUGUAGAGCCAUGACCUGCAGAACCAUAAACCAAUAAGAAAGUUGUGGUUUUACAGUACUUUCAUAAGUAUCAUUUCUUUACCUCAGUAUUAUUUUUUUAAGAUUAAAGAAAGAGUUUUCACAUUGAAUCUUACUGCCAGCAUGUCUAGUAUUUUCAGUUUAUGUAAAUAGUAAGUUUAAAAUGGUUCUAUUUAACACAGUUAUGAUUUAUUAGCAUACAGUUUCACGUGCUGAUUAUGAAAUGGCAUUAUCUUCAAUGUUUAUAUUCUGUUCAUUAGCAUAAUAAAUUAAACAGAUUAUAUGUUUUACAUGUUUAUAACGCCAUUGAGCUAAUGUAUUUUGUGUGUUUAUGGUUUAAAUAUAUUUCAUUGCCUUUCUAAUCAACAUAAAUGGAAACAUCUCAAUAACAUUGCAUGAACAAAAGUAAGUGAAAAAGGGUGUGUUAUAUGAUCCAGCAGCAUUAUUAAAUAUCCCACCCACUUGUGUUUAUAAUUUGGGUAACAGUGUCACACUAUUUGAGCCGAGCCAUGAGAAAACCAAUAUAGUGGCUUUGCGACCAGCAUAGGUCCAGACCAGCCUGCGCAUCCGAGCAGUCUGGUCAGGAUCCAUGUUGUUCGCUAACGGUUUCUCUAAUUGCAAUAGGCUUUAAAAGCGAACAGCAUGGAUCCUGACCAGACUGCGCAGAUGCGCAGGCUGGUCUGGAUCCAUGCUGGUCGCAAAGCCACUAUGUUGGUUUUCCCAUGGCAUGGCUCAUUUGAUUAACAUAUCCUUAUGGAGAAACCUUAUUAAACCCCAAAGGCCACAUCUUGUCAGAAUGUUUGUCUGUUACGAAAACUAGGUUAAAGUCAAAGCUAGGUAACCAGAAAUCAAAGAUAAGGUCACUGGUUCAAAUGAUAGAAACACCUUGUUUACAUUUUUAAGGCUAUGAUAAGGUCACUGGUUCAAAUAAUAGAAACACCUUGUUAACAUUUUUAAGGCCAUAUGUUCUACUUGAUUUUCAUAAACUUUGUCAGAAUGUUUGCUCUGUAAAAUCUAGUUUAUGUUCGAAACUGAUUUAUCUUAUGUUAAAAAACUAGGUCAUUUGGCCAGAUCAUAGAAAUUCAUUGUUACCACACUGAAGGUGAUAUUUUCUACUUGAAUUUCAUAAAUCUUUAUUAAAAGUUUGUCUUUAAAAUCCAGGUAAAAAUUUAUCUGAUGUCAAUAAUAUGUCAGUAGAUCAAGUCAUAACAAAACGUUAACACUCAAGAGGCCUUAUUUUGUACCGGAGUGUCAUGAGACAAGGGCAGAUAAUCUAGGUGAAUUUCGAAACCCAGUCAGCUUGGGUCAGAAACUAGGUAACUAGGUCAAAUCAUCAAAAACAUAUCCAGCAUAACAUAAUGCCUUGUGUCCAUCAUAACCUAAGUCCAUGGCUCCAAGGUAAAGGUGACAGGUUGUAUUUCAUGACAUCGUACAAAACACUAUUCUAUCAUUUAUACUAAAUGUUUUCCAAAGGAUCUUCUUACAGAUUUUAUUGUAAUGUUCACUAUAUCAUGACAACGUGUUAAGGAAAAACAGCAGGUCCCUAGCUCCUAGGUCAGUGUUUCACUGAGAUCGGAGGCUUAGGAGCUUAAAGGUUAUAUUUCUUGUUGUCCUGUAUUUCAUUCAUCAAUGGAUUUUGGUAUCCUUUGUUUUUCAUUAGAACAUGACGCACCGCACCUUUGUUUCUUGUCCAGAUCUUUCAUUAUCAAUAAUAAAUACUGCACCUUACAAUCAAUGUCUAAACAAGAUUCAGGUCCAAAGAUCUAUUGUUAGUAAGGUCGCCCUUGCAAGGUAGACACUGUUGAUAGCAGGCACACCUCCAGGAGCGCAUGGUUGGCCAUAGAGACAAUACAAGUCAGACAUGUGUUCUGUCAUUAGAUUCUGCUUGUUCAUUUGUCUAAAACCUUAAUGAAUCGCCUAUAGUAUCAGACCUGUCCAAAAAAUAUUCUUACAUCUUAGAUGCAAGAGGUCGGAGGCAUAUAAAUUUCGUUUUUAUGCAAAUCGCAGCAUGCACCAUUGUUGUUUGAGCGUAACUUUUACUGAUAUAUCUAGAUAAUAUUACAACCGUUUACCAACGGAUGUUGACGCUUUAGGUAGGCAUUUGAUAACAUGUUAUGGACCAAAUUAACUAAAAGUUAUCAAUUAUUAUGAUUAAAUAAGAAAAGUGA